UUCCUCGAUUGCUGACACCCUUACAAUAAACAAAGACCUCGCUUCCCUCACCCUUCUCCUCCAUCAACUCGUGGACUAUCACCACUUCAACUCUACUUAGAUGGCGGUUGUCUUUGUCUCUCACUGUCCCCAACGGCUUCAUUGGCAUUCUUAUACUAUAUCUCUGUGUCAAGCUAUCCGCAGAGCCAGUAGAAAAAGUAUCCGGACGUCUAAACCCGUUCGCUAAAACAAUUGUCGCUAUUCAAGAAAACGUAGUGACAAACCAAGAACAAGAACAAUGUCAAUCGAAAUCGUCCCGCUGGCUCAGACCGACAUACCUGGUGCUGUAGAAUGUGUGCAGAAAGCGUUUGCCGACGAUCCCUAUUUUCGCUGGGCGUUUGAUGAUCCAUCUAAGUUUAACAUCCAACGAAAUGCAGCCUCCCUCGCUGCUCACCUCCGAUAUGGUAUCAACUGCGACUGCCCAAUUUCUGUCGCCAAGAUAACUCGCGCUGCAAAUGAAAGCAAGAGCGAUGGCGACAUCCGCCUACCAGCCGGUACUGUGGUUGGCGUUGCCUGGUGGUACUCGCCACAGGCGCCUUCCAUGACACAAACCUGGUCUGUUUGGGCGCAGGACUGGCUUCUUUCCUUCCGCCAGCUCAUGAACAAUAUCCGCUUCCUGGGUCGUGGUGGUCUGAAUGUGCACCGGUAUUGGAUUUGGAAGCAAGUUCAGCAAACCGCGCAUGAUGCCAUCUGGCAGGAUCCCCGUGGGUACUAUUUUUGCAAUGUCGUCUGCGUUGAUUCAGAGGCACGUGGUAUGGGAGUGGGAAAGAAGCUCAUGGAGGAUGUCAUGGAGAAGGCCGAUCGGGAGAAUAUGCCGUGCUACCUCGAGAGUUCCAAGGGAUAUCCAAACGUGGGUAUUUAUGAAAGAAUGGGCUUUGAAUUAGUCAAGGAGAUUGAAUGCGUGGAUGGAGGGGAUGUUUGCAAGUUAUAUUGCAUGAUUCGCAACCCAAAGUCCAAAGAAUAAGGCUGUGAUAAAUUUUCCAAAGCCGACACCGUUCAUUAACACAAAUACACAGGGAGACUGUGUGAUACAUGACUUAAUUAGUAGCAUUUGAAUUGCAAGCAUUUCGGUAACUGUCAUCUUUGAUUGCUUUAAUAGCGUGUGCGAGAUGAUGGAAAUAAUCGAAUAUAGCAUUUAUGAGCUUG